UAAUAGGUACUGUUAUAAUUAUUGUUAAAAGUCUGUUUAUGUGUAAUGACGUUAAAUUGUAAAGUCUAAACGGUUAUGUGAAAAUAAUAUAAAGUCAAUAUUAGUUUUGGAUAAAAUUCUACGAAAUCAAAUAAGUGAACUGGUCUGUUAAAUCUGAAACACUCAAAGUGGAUCACAAGUUUCAAUGUGUGUUAUGUGUUUUUGAAAUUGCUCCAAAAGUAAAUAAUUUUGAUAGAAAUUAAAUGCAGUUUUGAUGUGUGAAAUGAAAUUAAUUUACAGGCUAAUACCCCUGAUAUGUGUGGCUCUGAAGUUUCACACAAUACAAGGAGAUGUGUUCACCUCAAUACCUCGGAUGAGACAACUCUAUCUCACAGAGGGGAAACUGCUGGAUUCUCUCCAAGCUUCUAUACAGUAUCAUCAGGCCAAACUGGAUAUGCUAGUUCAGCAACACAAAAAAAUCUUGAGCCAAAGAACAAGAGAUGGUGACACAAGAGAGUAUCUGGAUCAUCCAGUGGAUGGGUUUUCGCUCAUCAAGCGUCUUUCUAGAGAUUGGCCUCUCAUUAUGAACAUUAUGGCAGGGAACCAUAAAAUUCCACCAUCACUGCUACAAGACAUGCAGACCUUCAAUGAGGACACACAAGGAGCAAUCAGAGGACUGACAAGGCUACAAAAAGUUUACGAACUGGAUACUGACCAAUUAUCUGAUGGCUGGGUAGCCAACAGCCAGGCAUUCUCAAAACUAAACGCUGCGGACUGUGUGGAAGUAGCUCAGUUUCUGUCUCAACGCCACGAGUUCGUCUUGGCAACCACUUGGCUGAGGGCUGCGCAGCGCAGAGUUAAUCAAGAGAAUGACACUACCGUUUCUCAGAACCAACUAGCCAGCAUGCUGUACACUUACUCCACACUAGCCAUGUGUGAACAAGCAGACCUUUCUCCAGGGCUUCAUCAUUCUCUGCUGUCAUAUGACCCUUCCUACACACCAGAUGCUGAUACUGCAAAGCUGUUCCGUUUUACCCUUGAUCAAAACUGUUCUUGGUAUGAUUCAACUCUUAAAUGGGAUAAAACAGACAUGGCAGAGGAAAACCAUAAAAAGUUUAACACCAUGUGUCGAGGAGAGCCCAAGGGUCCAAAAGGACUCAAGUGCCACUACGUUCAUUACCAUCGCCCGGAAUUGCUAUUGGCACCAUUCAAACUUGAAGAGAUUCUCAUUAGCCCACCAAUCGUGCUAGUUCAUCAAGCCAUUUCUGAAUCUGAGAUUGAAGAUCUGAAGAACGCAUCUUUAAAUAAGUUAUCGGACUGCCAGACUAUGCACAAUGCUACAUUAUCCAAGACGUCCACGUACCGUACAUGUGACAAGGGCUGGGUGGACGAUAGUGCUACACCAACUGCUGCUAGAAUAACACGCCGCAUAGGUCAAUUAGCAAACCUUGGGAUGACCCACAGUGAGCAACACCAGGUAGCAUGCUAUGGCCUGGGUGGCGAGUACAAGCUCCACAAAGAUGCACUUCAAGGAACUUCACUGUCGGAAACAAAUCGCCAAGGCCAGAGGAUAGCCACUGUUAUGCUCUAUCUGAACAAUGUUACUAGAGGAGGUUACACAGUAUUCCCUCUACUGAAGGUAGCUGUGGCACCAAUAAAAGGCUCGGCCGUCUACUGGUACAACAUACUCCAUGAUAGCAAAGACGACGAUCGAUCAUUACAUGGGGGCUGUCCUGUGCUUCUGGGGUCUAAAUGGGUGCUCAAUAAGUGGAUACGUGAAGGAGGACAAGAGUUUCAAAGCCUUCAUUGUCCAAGUGACAAACACUUCCCCAGAGAAUACUUCUAUGUAUGACAUGAACAUUUCAUACUAUGAAAUAAACAUAUUACAUUUUA